AUGUUGAAAUCGGUAGCUUUGUUGUUGCUGGGCGUUCUCGCCGUCAACGCAGCUUACUACGGCCGUCAACGUAGAAUCAGCAAAAAAUCGAUCGGAAAAUACGUAAGCGGAUUCGUGGGCCCAUCUGGCGGUUACGGAGGAGGAUAUGGUUCUGGUAUCGGAGGCUUCUCUUCCGGCGGAUACGGUGGCAAGGGCGGCUUUGGUGGAGGCUAUGGCGGUAUCAGCGGAGGAUAUGGUGGUAUCAGCAGUGGAUAUGGCAGCGGGGGCUUCUCUUCCGGCGGAUACGGCGGCAAGGGAGGCUUUGGCGGAGGCUAUGGCGGUAUUAGCGGAGGAUAUGGUGGUAUCAGCAGUGGAUACGGCAGCGGGGGCUUCUCUUCCGGCGGAUACGGCGGCAAGGGUGGCUUUGGUGGAGGAUAUGGCGGUAUCAGCGGAGGAUAUGGCAGUAUCGGUGGAGGAUAUGGCGGUAGCAGCGGCUUUGGAAAGAGUUACGGUGGCAGCAUCGGAGGUCACAGCAUCGGUGGUUCCUUCGGCAAGAGUUACGGAUCCGGUAUCGGAGGUUACUCCUCAGGCGGUUACGGAGGUAUCUCCUCAGGUGGUUACGGAGGUAUCUCUUCAGGCGGUUACGGAGGUAUCUCUUCAGGCGGUUACGGAGGUAUCUCCUCAGGUGGUUACGGAGGUAUCUCUUCAGGCGGUUACGGAGGUAUCUCUUCAGGCGGUUACGGAGGUAUCUCCUCAGGCGGUUAUGGCGGAGGAUAUGGCUCUGGCAUCGGAGGCUUUUCCUCCGGCGGAUUCGGUGGAAAGGGUGGCUUUGGUGGCGGAUAUGGUGGCCAGAGCUACGGUGGUAGCAUCAUUGGAAGCGGUAUGGGCGGUGGUUACGGAGGCAGCAUUAAGUCCUUUGGAGGAUAUUAA